AUGGGGAACGUGGAGAGCGCGGACGGGGAGCCGCUGCCCCGGAGCCCGGGCGGAGCCCCCCUGGGGGGGUCCGGGUUGCUGCCGCCGGGGAAGAUGCCGAUGCCGGAGCCCUGCGAGCUGGAGGAGAGGUUCGCCCUGGUGCUGAGCUCCAUGAACCUCCCUCCUGACAAAGCCCGGCUCCUGCGCCAGUACGACAAUGAGAAAAAAUGGGACCUGAUCUGCGACCAGGAGAGGUUCCAGGUGAAGAACCCCCCCCACACCUACAUCCAGAAACUGCAGACCUUCCUGGACCCCGGCGUGACGCGCAAGAAGUUCAGACGGAGGGUGCAGGAAUCGACCAAAGUGCUGCGGGAGCUGGAGAUCUCCCUGAGGACCAACCACAUCGGGUGGGUUCGGGAGUUUCUCAAUGACGAGAACAAAGGCCUGGACGUCUUGGUGGAGUAUCUCUCCUUUGCGCAGUGUGCUGUGAUGUUUGAUUUUGAGGGUCUGGAAAGUGGCGAGGACGGCGCGCUAGAAAAGCUGAAAUCCUGGAGCAGAUCCAUCGAGGAUCUGCAACACCCCAUAACCCUGUCUGCCCCCUUCACCAACAGCCUCGCCCGCUCUGCGCGCCAGUCCGCCCUACGCUGCAGCACUUUGCCCAGCAGGAAGGCUCUGAAGAACUCGCGGCUGGUGAGCCAGAAGGACGACGUCCACGUCUGCAUCAUGUGCCUGCGGGCCAUCAUGAACUACCAGUACGGCUUCAACCUGGUGAUGUCCCAUCCCCACGCCGUUAACGAGAUAGCGCUCAGCCUGAAUAACAAGAACCCCAGGACCAAGGCCCUGGUGCUGGAGCUGCUGGCGGCUGUCUGCCUGGUGAGGGGAGGCCACGAAAUCAUUCUCGCUGCCUUUGACAACUUCAAAGAGGUCUGCAAAGAGACGCACCGCUUUGAGAAGCUCAUGGACUAUUUCCGGAACGAGGACAGCAACAUCGAUUUCAUGGUGGCCUGCAUGCAGUUCAUCAACAUUGUGGUGCACUCGGUGGAGGACAUGAAUUUCCGGGUGCACCUGCAGUACGAAUUCACCAAGCUGGGCCUGGAGGAGUUCCUGCAGAAGUCGCGGCACACGGAAAGCGAGAAGCUGCAGGUGCAGAUUCAGGCCUACCUGGACAACGUCUUCGACGUGGGGGGGCUGCUGGAGGACGCGGAGACCAAGAAUGUGGCGCUGGAGAAAGUGGAGGAGCUGGAGGAGCACGUCUCCCACUUGACGGAGAAGCUGCUGGAUCUGGAGAACGAGAACGUGAUGCGCGUGGCGGAGCUGGAGAAGCAGCUACUGCAGCGAGAGAAAGAGCUGGAGCUGGUCAAGGAGACCUUCGAGAGCACGACUCACCAGGUGCACACGCUGCGCAGGAUCAUCAAGGAGAAGGAGGCGGCUUUCCGGCGGCACUGCGGCCCCUGCCAGCCCGGGGAGCCGGGGGGCGACCCGCUGCCGUCCCUGGAGGGUGAAGGAGACGUCCCUGACUACGACAUCUGCCUCCCGGCCCUGCCUCCUGUGGAGGCUGCCCCCCCGCCCCCACCUCCCCCACCCCCUGUGCCCCCGCCGGCCCCGCCACUGCCAGACAAGUGCCCCCCUGCCCCUCCGCUGCCUGGGGCCUCGCCCUCCGUCGUCCUCACCGUGGGGUUGUCAGCCAUCCGGAUAAAGAAGCCCAUCAAGACCAAGUUCCGCCUGCCCGUCUUUAACUGGACGGCCCUGAAACCCAACCAGAUCAGUGGCACCGUCUUCAGUGAGCUGGACGACGAGAGGAUCCUGGAGGACCUGGACCUGGACAAGUUUGAGGAGCUCUUCAAAACCAAAGCUCAGGGCCCGGCCGUGGAGCUGGUCUGCGCCAAGAACAAGGCCUCGCACAAGGCGGCCAGCAAGGUGACGCUGCUGGAGGCCAACCGGGCGAAGAACCUGGCCAUCACGCUGCGCAAGGCAGGCCGCAGCGCCGAGGAGAUCUGCAGAGCCAUCCACACGUUUGACCUGCAGACGCUGCCGGUGGACUUCGUGGAGUGCCUGAUGCGCUUCCUGCCCACGGAGGCGGAGGUGAAGCUGCUGCGGCAGUACGAGAAGGAGCGCAAGCCGCUGGAGGAGCUGGCGGACGAGGACCGGUUCAUGCUGCACUUCAGCAAGGUGGAGCGUCUGGGGCAGCGCAUGGCCAUCAUGGCGUUCCUCGGCAACUUCCACGAGAACCUCCAGCUGCUGACGCCGCAACUCAACGCCGUCAUCGCUGCCUCGGCCUCCGUCAAGGCCUCUCAGAAGCUGAAGCACGUGCUGGAGAUUAUCCUGGCCCUGGGCAACUACAUGAACAGCAGCAAACGCGGCUGCGUCUACGGCUUCAAGCUGCAGAGUCUGGACCUGCUGCUGGACACCAAGUCGACAGACCGGAAGCUGACGCUGCUGCACUUCAUCGCGCUGACCGUGCGGGAGAAGUACCCGGACCUGGCCACCUUCUGGCAGGAGCUGCACUUCGUGGAGAAGGCAGCAGCAGUGUCCCUGGAGAACGUGCUGCUGGACGUAAAGGAGCUGGGGCGCGGCAUGGACCUGAUCCGGCGGGAGUGCAGCAUUCACGACAACAGCGUCCUGCGCAGCUUCCUGGGCGCCAGCGAGGGCCGGCUGGAGAAGCUGCAGAAGGACGCCAAGACGGCGGAGGACGCCUACAACACGGUCGUGCGCUACUUCGGCGAGAGCCCCAAGACGAUGCCCCCCUCUGUGUUCUUCCCUGUCUUCGUCCGCUUCAUCCGCUCCUACAAGGACGCAGAGCAGGAGAACGAGCAGCGGAAGAAGCAGGAGGAGGUGCUGCGGGAGAAGAUGCUGGCUCAGGAGGCCAAGAAGCUGGAGAAGCGGAACAAGUGGCAGCAGCAGGAGCUGAUUGCAGAGCUGCGCCGGCGCCAGGCCAAGGAGCACCGGCCUGUCUACGAGGGCAAGGACGGGACCAUCGAGGACAUCAUCACGGACCUUCACUCCCGGCCGCUCAGACGGGCCAACGCCGCCAGCCGGAGCCUGGACCCAUCCGCUGGGACUCUCCCCAGGGGCCUCUGUCCUGCCCCUCCUGCCCCCUGCCCCGACUCCGCACUGAAGGACCAAAGGGACCUCGGGCGAGGCUGGCUCUGUGCCUUGGGAAGUGCCUUAGAGCGACAGUAUUAGCGAGUGCCUGCACCUCCGGGGCCGGCAGGCAGGGGAGACCCCCGGCGUCAGCAGGACACUGGCAGCUGCAGAAACCCCUGGCGCUCGGGCUCAAGUGGCCGUGACGCUGGGUUUGGGGGCCCCCCCGGCCCUGUGUUUUGAGUCUUGGGGAGCAGUGUUAGACCGAUUUCCCCCCACAUCCUGCAGCAGCCCAGUGGGUCUCAAGCCAGCACAGCCUGGGGGCCUGGGCUGUUCCCACCUUUAUCAGCUCCUGCCAGCGGCAGCCAGCCCGCUCCCCGCCGCUCGGAAACGCUCCAGCCCACGGCCGCAUAGGCAGAAGCUGACCCCGCGGGGCGGCCCCUGGCCUGGAAGGGGCACCGCAGGGUGGAUGCGGUGGGAGCCGGCCCGGCCUGCUUGGCAGCCGUGGCUGUUUAAAUGCCCUCCGGCAGUGAUGUUCCAGCAUCAAAGCCAAGCAGCUCCCAGGCGGGCCUUCCGCAGGCACAAGGCUGCAUCUUGCACCGCCCAUGGGCCGAUUUCCCAUCGCGGGCCCUGGGGUGGGGGGGCGCCAGGGCUGGGUACGGCUGACACUGGGCAUGUGCUGGAGCUAGUAAUGCUGUGCCCAGGGCUGGGAACCACUUUCCUAAACCCAGAAGCCUUCUCUAGGCCAGCCCAGCCCAGCCUGCUGUGUCCUCCUCCCAGGGGCAGCUCCUGCCACGCCCGGCCAUUGACUGGCGGCUCCUGCCCAGCAGGAGAGCCCCUCUCUGGUGGGGCAGAUGGGGCCCAGCUAGGGUGGCGGCCAGGAUGCUGCAGGGAGUUGGGUACCAGCUUCCACUGCAAUUUGGACCUGAAUUAACUUCACGCCUGAGGCCGGAGUAACACCAUCCAAGCUAGGCCUGAGCCUCCCCGGCUCCAGGGAUGUUCUCCCAACCCUGCCUCCCCGGCAUCAAGCCGUGCUGCCUCCUCCUUGCCGCGCCAGUCGGUAGCGCCUCAAGGCCAGUCCUUAAAGGUGGGCUGGGGCCUCGGUGUGCCCUGCCCCCAUUCUCAGCCAGGGCCUGCCCUGACAAACAGGGGUGGGCUCUUCUGUAGGGAAAAAGCCAGACCAAAUACUAAGUGCAGUGGGCACUGCCGCGCCCCGCACUGGGCCUUUGCGCCCGUCUCCUUGGCAAAGCAACGGCUGUACUCACCCUUCUCGUUCGUUCUGCUCCGCGCCAGCUCGCUGGGGUCUGCCAUGCCUGGUGCCUCUCUGCUCUGCCCUGACACUGCCCACCCCCAGGAGAGUCUCUUGGGGGAACUGACCCCCUGCACCCCCCCCCGGCCCACAGCCAGGGCAGGGCAGGCAGCUUGCUGCAGGGCUCCUGGCACUUCGGUGGGACACAUCAGUGAAGUGCCCCAGUGGGCCCUGGUCCAGCCACCUGAACCAAACAAACUCCCUUGAGCACGCGGGCUGUGAAAGACUCUGCAAACCCGUUUCAGCUCCAGCGUGGGGGAGGGCACGUCAGCACCCCGCCAGCAACGCACGUGGGCCUUGGAGGACACGUGCUGUGGCAGCCACUAAACCAAAGACGCUCACCCCCCGUCACAGUCGUGGCACAAGGCCUCAGCCCUCACCCUGCCCCCGCAGCAGCCGUGCCCUGCCUGGAAGAGCUAAUCCACAUGCUCGUCCUCGUCUGUGGCCAGCAGCAUGGGAGGCUGUUCCGAACCCCGGGAGGGAGCUGCGCUGGGAAUUAGCCCCCCCACACACACACUUUGCCCGGGUAUCUUUCAGCGCAGACCAGCACUUUACCCCACACACUUCCUGUCUCACUCGCAGCCCUGGGCCUUGAGCUCCUGCCCCAGCGCCCGGGGCUGCACGAACACUAUUGGAACGAAAGGGACCAAGGCCCAGGCGGUGGCUGGAGCGGGGCCGCUGCCCGCCCCACUGGGUACAGCCUUGCUGCGCCAGCAGCGCUCUGUAGCUAGGUGAGACUUUUUGUACAUGUGAAAUAUACUGACUGUUGUA